UAUCUAGUCAACAUAAAACAAAACACUCUACGGAUUUAUCCACCCACGUUUCACUUACUCCGUUUUCUCCCUGCCUGGGAAGACAUGAGCGAUACAUCCUCGGCCACAACAAGUAAACGUGACUGGGAUAAAGACGCACUGAAGAAGGACACGGAGAGACACAGAAAAAUAAGGAACACAAAAUAUGACCUAGAGUACGAUAACCUUUCCCCGGCAGCGAGAAGACAACACAGGUGAGGGUAAGAGGACCGCGCGGCCAGACGUCAGUGUGUUACAAGCCGGCGUUUGGGGUGCUCGUCGCCGCUCCUCCAGCCAUGAACUGUCACUGAGGCUCUUUGCAAAUUGGAACCAAGAGGGGAUUUUUUUUUUUUAACUUGAAAGGAUUAAGAACUCUAAGCCUAUAAGGACUGUGGCUGAAAUACUAACAUUUUUUUCUAUAUAGGCCUCAUUCCACUAAUAUUUUUGUACUAACUUCCCUUCAAUUGCAUUAAAGAUCACGAAGGUUUCUGAAGGAAGGAAGGAAGGAAAGAAGGAAGGAAAGAAGAAAGGAAGGAAGGAAGGAAGGAAGGAUUGAACGAACGAAGGAACUUAGAAACGAACGAACGGACGAACGAACGAAAAGAAAGGAAAGAAGAUAUUGAAAAAAGGAAAAGGAAGAAAGAAAGGAAGGUUAGAAAAAUAAAUAAAUAAAGAAGAAAUACAGGAUAAAAUAUAAAUGAAAAGAAGGAAAAGAGACGGAAAAUAAGUUACGAUACUGAUAAAAGAAAGAAAGAAAGAAGGAAAGAAAGAAAGAAAGAAAGAAAAACAAAGAAAACAAGAAAGCAUUACCAAGAGAAACAAAUGAAAGAAGUUAGAAAUGACAGAAAGUAAAAAUUGAGAGAGAAAAAGAGAAACAGAAAAAAGAGAAGAGAGAGAGAAAGAAGAAGAAAAAAAAACUACAAUUUUAAACAACAAUCCCACUUAUUAUUACCACAAUCAUCCACUCACCACCACCACCACCACCACCACCACCGACAACAACAACAACAACAAUUUAAUCCCCUUCUACCACAGUCAUUACCACAACUAGUCAUACCUACCACUAUUCCUACUAACUACCACAAUUUCUUCCUAACCACAAUCAUUACCACUACCUUCAUUAAUCUCCUAAGAUAACAAUAAAAACUACCACUAUUUCUACCAUUUAAACUCCAAUAUUGUAACUACCACUAUCACAACUACCACUACUACUAUCACAACAACCACAAUUAUUAACAUUUUCAACCACAAUCUCAGUCUCCUACCACCAUUUUGACAGGCAAUAACUACCACCACCAGAACUACUACCAGAAUUACUAUCACUAUAAUGUUUGUUUACCACCAAUAUCUGCUUGUUGAAUUUGUGUGGUUCAUGCAAAGAUUUUUUCAAUUCCAGUCAGUCUUUCAGUGAGCAUUCCCAUUCCCAUUCCUAGAAAUAACAAGCCACGAUUCGAGUUUCAAUUCCAGUUCAGAUUCCAGGUUUCGUAAUUUUAGUUAAGAGAAAAUAUAUAUUCGCCUUUUUUAUUUAUUUAUUUAUUUAUUUAUUUUAAGUUAUUUGGGAUUUUAAUUAAUUUAUUCACUCAUUCAUUGAUCAACUAACUCAUUCACUCAUUCACUCAUUCACUCACUCAUUCACUCGCUUUUUUAUCGGACAUUCAGUAACUAACAAGUGAUAAGUGGCAAUAUUGUGGAUUGAUUUGUUGAAGUUUAUCCACCUUUCCACUUCCACCUUACCCCAUCCACUCAUUAUCCACAUAUUUCCCACUCCUGUACACUCCACAUAGCUCCAGCAACACUCCACUCACCCCCACGUACCCAAACUCACUCCUCUACUGCUUCCACAUUGAUCCACCAUUUCUGAACCAUCCACACCCCUUCCACAUAUCCACACACACUACUCCACACCUCUAACUCACUCCACUCUUUCUAAAACCACAUACAUCAACUAGAACAGCCUUUAAACCACUUGAUUCUUCACCCACCCAAAUCCACUCCACUCCUACACCACUAGAAGCUUUAAACUAGAUUCUCCACUUAACACUUCCUCCACAUAUACUUCAGUAACUCCAAAAAUCCACCAAGGAAGAAUAACAAGAAUAAAUAUCAAGAUCCACUUCUUCCUUCAUCUCCUCCACCAUGUCCCGGCUGGCCAGUAUCCGCCUUACGUCCACAGAGAGUGACUCCACCUCCCUAAGUGGGUGUCUCUACUCCUCCACCUCGCAGGAGUAUGUGGAUUCUGAUAUCACCAUGUCUCCACUCAGCCCUAAAAGUCCCAUGAGCCCCAGAUCCUCUCGUGGCUCCAGGCCCUGCUCUCCACUAGCCAGCCCAGUACGAGGCCGCGGCGGUAACCUGGCGUACCUGGCGUCGAGGAGGUCAUCCAGGGACAGCGAGGCGGGGGAUGUGGCGCCCUUGAACUGUGCCAGAUACAAACAUAGGAGGCCGUCAAAUUUCCUUGAGCUUCCUACCCCCGACCACUUCAGGCCCCGCGUCAGUUCCCUCCCUGAAAAACCGUACAACCCGAGGGAUGCCGAGGAGAUAUACCGCCUGCGCUCCUUCUCCAUCACCUCCAAGGGAAUAAUCAACAGGGGGGACUCUAUCAUCUCCAAGCGCUCCCGGUCCAACACCUCAGUCUGCUCCACCACCUCCAGUGUGUGUGGUGAGGGAUGGAGCCGCCGUUCGAGCUGUGUCUCCACCACCAUCACCGCUGUCUCCCCCCUCCUCCUCCCAUGUGUUAGCGAGGAGACAAGACGCCAAUCCAUCGGGGGAGAGCCUUCGCUGCCGUCCCGCCCCUCCCCAAGGAGACAGCAAUCAGCGCCCGUUGCUACUCACAGUGAAGGUGAAGGCAGAAGGCUCUCCGCAAGCAAUCUCAGUGUACAUACCUUAACAAGCAGACCAUCAAGUAGGAGUGGAAGAAGCGGCGAGCGGUCACCCUUUGAAGGAUCCUGCUGUGGUUCAUCCUACGUAUCCUCAGAGUCCUCCCUGGAAGUGGCUAAAUACAGGGUUGUGCUUCUGGGGGAGACUGGCGUGGGCAAGUCUUCCCUCGUCAACCAGUUCAUGACAUCUGAGUACAUCAACACCUAUGACGCGUCUCUAGAUGACGAGUUUGGAGAGAAGAGUGUGUCAGUUUUGCUGGAUGGUGAAGAGAGUGAGGUCAUCUUUAUCGACCAUCCAGCCCACGAGAUGUCUGUGGAGAACUGCCUGUCGACUUAUGAUCCCCACGCCUGCAUUAUCGUGUACUCCAUCACGGACAAGGGGUCAUUCAAGAAGGGCGAGGACAUCAUCACGUACCUCUGGCGGGAGAACUACACGAAAGAGAAAGCCGUCAUACUGGUGGGGAACAAGGUGGACCUGGCGCGCUCUAGACUGGUGAACACGACAGAGGGCAAAUCACUGGCAAGGAACCACGACUGCAAAUUCAUAGAGACAUCUAGCGGCAUCCAACACAACGUGGACGAGCUGCUGGUGGGCGUGGUGAAGCAGGUGCGGCUGAGGCUGGCGGCGCAGAGGAAGAGGCUCAAGCGGGUGUCCACUUCCAAGACCUCCCUGAGCCUCCACGCCGCCAAGGACCUGCUGAAUAAAAUGUGUCUCUUGGAUAACAAGUCGAAAUCAUGUGAGAAUCUGCAUGUGCUUUAGACUGGCAGGGUCUACUGCUACUACUACUAUUACUACUACUACUACUGUUACUAUUACUACUGCUAUUUUUAGUGUAAGACGGUAACUGGCUAAGGGCAACAAAAAAAAAAAAAAAAAAGGCAAAAAAACACAUUAAAUAAAAGGCCCACCGAGGUGCUAGUUAUAAAAGAAAUGGCAAAAGUGUUAUUUAAAGUUUGAGGAAGCGUCUUGAAGGCUUCCCUCGUGAAACGGUUCAGCUCACAGCAAGGGGGAGUACAGGAGCAGGCAGGGAGUUACAGAGUUUACCAGAGAAAGGGAAGAGGAAAUACAGAAGGAGGCAGGGAGUUCCAGAGCUUACUAGGGAAAGAGAAGAGGAAAUACAGAAGCAGGCAGGGAGUUCCAGAGUUCACCAGAAGGAGGAAUAAGAAAAUAAAGAAGGAGGCAGGGAGUUCCAGAGUUUACCAGAGAAAGAGAAGAGGAAAUACAGAAGCAGGCAGGGAGUUCCAGAGUUCACCAGAAGGAGGAAUAAGAAAAUAAAGAAGGAGGCAGGGAGUUCCAGAGUUUACCAGAGAAAGGAAAGAGGAAAUACAGAAGCAGGCAGGGAAUUUGAGGAUUUAACAGAGAAAGGGAUAUAAGACUGAGAACAUUAGUUAACUCCUGAAUAACAUGGACUGAAUAAGGGUGAAAGUAAAAAGUCCUGUGUUGGUAAUACUCCUCCUGCUGUUACUGGGGAGUGUCACGCAGCCCUGUGGUGAGUGGAAGCAGUGGAGGGUGAGGGGAAACUCUGAAGAAAGAUGUGGUUUCGACUGAUUCUCUCGCGUGUGGGUGUCCAACUGGUGAUCUGCAGUGAUGAGUGCUGUACUUUACCGGUGAGCUAUUUGUUCUUGUUACUGGUGUUUUUGUUACUACUACUACUACUACUACUACUACUACUACUACUACUACUACUACUGCUACUACUGAUUGCGAUGGUUUGCAGGUUAUAAUGAUUUAAUGAUGAUAGUUAUAGUGAUGAUGAUGAGUAGCAGGAGAGAAAGUGGACAAUGAUGAUGAUGAUGAUGAUGAUGAUGAUGAUGAUGAUGAUGAUGAUGACAAUAAUAAUAAUAAUAAUAAUAAUAAUAAUAAUAAUAAUAAUAAUAAUAAUAGAAAAGAUAAGAAAAGAUAAGUUAGUUUUUCAAUAUAUCUGAAAAGUUACGUUAGAAGAAGAAGAAGAAGAAGAAGAAGAAGAAGAAGAAGAAGAAGAAGAAGAAGAAGAAGAA